ACUUGUGGGAGGGAAGGAGAUCGCAGGUCCAUGUCUCGAUAUCGCGGGUUCUUAUACUUGACGCCAUCACCGCUCGCAACGCCGAGUCGUCAGAUCAGUCGCGGAGCAAAGUCCAACAGGCUGCGCGCUUAGGCAAAUCUACAGAUAUCUGAUUUGGGAAUCUUCUGCCGUACUGAAUCGAAGACAGUGACGAGGCUUGAAGCAUUGGAGUUGAUAAGGAGUUGAGUUUCGGUCGACGCCACCAUUUUCGCGUAAAGCGUCUCAAUUGGUCAGUUCGACAGAUAACGACGGGUUCUCAUGGUCUGACUUGACGUUCCGUGAUGUCUUAAGAAAUCCCUUGCACUCUUUCGACGUGUUGAACUCAGUGGACUGGAGCUGACAGUGCCAUGAUUAUGUCGUGACCGAAGAUGCCGCAAUCGCACUGGGAGCUGCAAUGAAAGAGGUAAUACCUGUGGUCAAAUCUUAUCGGGCUCCUCGACGGCGGCCCGCCCACCUGCGCACUAAAACAGGCUGUCUUACUUGCCGACAACGGAGGAAGAAGUGCGACGAGACUCCAAAAUGCUGCCAGAAUUGCACCAAAAGACGAAUUCAGUGCAUCUGGCCUUCUGAUGGGCAGCAACGAGAUGUGUCCGCGAUUUCAACUCCAACUGCAAUUCCCGAACAGACCGACGAGAAAUCCAUCCCUACACCUAUACCUAUAGUCGAAGACUGUGACGAUGUGGUAUCGCAGAGGUCUUCCAGUAUCGACAGACUGGAGUCGGAUGCCUCGUUAGAAAUUUCGUCUUCGAUAUCUUUGUCGGAUUCUGGUCGACGUGAACAUGGUGGUUCUGCCUCACUCAUACGAUCUCCUUACUCGACCCCGUUAGUAGAGGGUUUGAGUUCUGGGAGUGUGCCUUUGUUCGACUUCAUGCGGAGGGUCUUUGUUCCUCAUCUUGUUCGGCCCGCAUCCGAUCCUCGCUUCAUUGAGGGCUAUACGUCUCAAAGUCUGCAGCUGGCAUGGAACGUUCCUUUCUUGAUGCAUGCUUUGAUGGCUUGUUCCGGUGUUGAAUUCCCUGGAGAUACCGGCUCCAACCGCAAGAUGAGUGAAUCUUAUUAUACUAAAGCUCUCGGCGGGUUUCGAGAGCAUCUUGCUCAAGAUCACUCACAGCAAUCGGAGGCCAUUGCUUUGCGCACAAUCUUUAUUCUUAUCAUCUACGAACGAUCACGAUUAUACCCCUCAAAAGAUGUCCAUACUCACCUAAUCGGAGCAGCAGUCCUGAUAAAGUCUUGUUGUGAUCACAUAAACCGAAAGCCGCCAGGAAGAACGCCAGAUACUUCGAAUUUGGCUCGCAUCCUUGCCCUAGAGGCCUUCAUAUUCCACACAGCUACGAGUGUUCCCUUUCAAUCGCCGGCACGCCAUUCAGACAUCGUGGACGACGCCUUCGAUAGCGCGGUCAAUACACUGCAGCAGCUGCACUGGAAGGGAAUGAUGGAUUCCCACAAUUCACCCGUCUUAGGCGCUCCACCAAGAUUGUUCGCAUAUGUACGGCAAACGGCCUUGCUCUAUCAGCGAUUCAAGAGCAAUAAUGUGCUCAAGAGUCGGCAAUGUCUCAACCUCGAUAAAGACCUGAUGAGUUGGGACGAUAAGUCCUUCGUCGCUGAUUUCUCGGAUCAGCAUUCUGACCUUACGGCAUGUUUCGUUGACGAAACCAUUGGAAAUCAGGAUCUUUGCUUGUCAACCCGACUUCCAAGCAGCGAAGUGCUUCUUCCAGGCCUUAAGCUCUACAUUCUCACCACACGAGUUCUCCUCAACCAUAUGAUGAAGGCAGGGGACACCAUGGACCGUUCAUUCGCCAUGUUAACUUCCGAAGCUCUGUCCCUCGCGCUUCGUAUAAAUCCCGCAGAGGAUUACUUCGCCGACUACUAUGUCUGGCCAUUUUUCUGUCUAGGGGCAACCAUUGCCAGUUCACAUCACAAAGACAUGAUAAUGAAUAAAAUCGUGGCUUUCUGGGAGGCUACCAGGAAUGGUCCUAUGCGACUGCUUGGGGAUAUGCUAACGCACGAAUGGAAACAACCGAAGAGGAAAUGGUAGUAAUACUGUGUUAAUAGCCAAUAUCCAAACUCCGUAGGGUUGAAGGUCGAAGUUCCACGUCGAAUGACCUGAAGUCUCGACCGGAAAAAUGAUGCGAAAACAAAACAUGAUCACGUGAGACUAUUAGUCAUUUUGCCAAGCCAAUGAAUGAUUCGGUCAGAGCUCAUUCGCAACCGCAGCUUCGAUG